UGUUCACUGUUCUCUGCCCAGAGCAGAGAGACCCACGCCGCCGCUCGCCUCUCGCCGCCGACCUGUCUCGCCGUCGACGGUGACCGCCGCUGCUUCCUCCGUCUCUGCCACCGUCGCCGCCUCUCGCCGUCGACGCGCCUCUUGCCGUCUCCCUCGCCGCCGAUCUCUCCUCUCUCACCGUCGACGCUUCUCCGCCACCGUCGCUCGCCUCUCGCCCUCGCCGCCGACCGCCGCUGCACACUCCAUCUCUCGCCUCUCCGCCGACCGCCACCGCCUCGCCUCUCGGUGGCCCAAGUUGCGGAUCUGGCGACCAUUGUCUUCCCCGCUGCAGGAUUGUUGCCAGCAAAUUACUGCUAAGCAAUGGGGAAGCUUGGGAAGAAGGCAAGGAAGUUUGCGAAGAAGAAUCUUCAGUCCGUGCUCAGAAAGAAACGGAAGACAAAUGCUUUGUUCAAAAAGAAAUCUUAUUCCAAAGGCCAGCAGGAUGCUAUUGAAGACCAAAUUGGGAAUAUGACGAGGCUCCCAGGUGGAAGGGAACCUGCAGAUGAAGUGUCUGAGGAUGUUUCUCUUGAUGUGAUAUUCAAUGAAGAUGACAGUGAUGUGGCUGAAGAUGCUUCAGACAGUGAUGGGUUUCUCUAUGAGGAGUCCAGCUGCCCACCUGUUGCAGAAAGUAAAAGUGAGAUCAAUUUAGAAGAUGACAACAGUGGUAUUAUUGGCAUGUCAAUGCACAACAGUAAAAUUUAUGAGGAGCUUGCUGCUAAAAAGAAAACAUUGGAUAAAUUAAAGAAGAAGGAUCCAGAGUUCGAUAAGUUUUUAGCAAGCUACAAGAAGGGCCUUGAGAUGUCCCAAGAUGAACACAUGGAUUCUGAUGAAGAUGAAACUGGUGAUCAUGGCAUGCAGCUCAUGGAUGAAGAUAGCUCUGUUAUGAACAAAGGCAAUGUUUUGACAAAUUCUAUCAUCAAUUCUUGGUCCCAGCUGGUUAAGGAGGAGCAUAAUGAGUUUGCUCUUACCAGUCUUUUAAAUGCAUAUCGUGCUGCAUGCCAUUAUGGAGCUGAAUCAAUUAGCGUCCCCUAUGCUGCAUCAUGCCAAAGAAUUCAGAACAGCGAGACUUUCUGCAGCAUUUUAUUGUUCAUGCUUAAUGAGGCUGACAAUGUGUUCCGAAGUCUUCUGAAAAUACAUUCUUCUAGUUUCAAGAAAGAGAUCCUUUUGGAUUUGAAGAACACUUCUAAGUGGAAAAGUUUACAGCCACUUGUCAAGUCUUACCUGAGGAGUACAUUAUUUCUCUUGAAUCAGGUCACUGAUUUGGAGAUAUUGGUUUUCUCCUUAAAUCGACUGAGAGCUUCAAUAAUAUUUUUUGCUCCUUUUCAAUCUUUACUUCACAGGCUUAUCAAGGUUUCUGUUCAUCUGUGGGCUACUGGUCAAGGUGUUCUAUCUUCAUGUUCCUUCCUUGUCUUACGGGAUCUGGCUGUCGCAUUUAGCUUGGAAUGCUUUGACAUCUGCUUUACAAAGACAUAUAAAGCCUACAUUUCUCGGUGCAAAGUUGUAGACUCUGUCAAUUCUAGACAUAUACAGUUCUUGAGGAACUCUUUGGUUGAGCUAUGCUCCCUAGAUGUGCAUAAAUCAUGUAAUAAAGCUUUUGUGUCUAUUCAGCAUCUGGCCAAGAUAUUGAAGCAGGGUCUAAGAACAAAGAAAAAGGAUGCACUCAAGAAGAUAUGCAGUUGGCAAUGUGCAAAUUGUAUUGAUCUCUGGGUUACAUUUAUUGCUGCCAAUAUAUGUGAUUAUGACCUCCAUCAUGUAUUUUAUGCGAUUGUUCAACUUAUAAAUGGAGUAGCUUGCCUGUUUCCUGGACCAAGAUAUUUCCCUUUAAGAAUAAAGUGCAUUCAGUGGCUAAAUCUUCUCUCCAGUUCGAGUGGAAUCUUCAUCCCUGUUGCAUCAUUUGUGUUAGAUGUGUUAGAAUAUAAAACGGGCAAGGAUGGUGGAAAACAAGGAAAAUCCUUCAACUUUUCAUCAGUUUUAAAGCUGCCAAAACAUUUGUUAAAAUCUCAAGACUUCCAAAAGGAAUGUGUUACAUCUGCUGUUGAACUACUCUCUGUGCACUUCUCUCAGUGGAGCUGCCAUAUCUCUUUUCCCGAGUUAGCUACUGUCCCAAUAAUCCGCCUGAGAAAGUUUCAUGAAACAGCAAGAACUGAAAGUUUGAAGCGAGGGGUGAAGCGCCUGAUUGAUCAGGUGGAGCAGAAUGUUGAGUUCGUGCAGAGAAAAAGAGAUGAGGUGGCCUUUUCACCAAAGGAUCAGCAAUCUGUUGAAUUAUUUCUUCAGCUUGAAAAGUGCAGUCUCAAUGCCCCAUUUAUGCAGUAUUAUAGAAGUGUCAUCCAAAAGGCAGCUUCAAAGAACCUGGGCUCCAAUUCCAUUUGAAGGUUGAUGUCAGAUUUUGCGACUUCUCAAACAUUUUGCCAAGAAAAAGAAAAGUGAAUUUCAAGGCUGGAGGUGAUCAAGAGUGCAAGAAGCAGAAACCGAGUUGGAGAGGCUCUAAAAUCUGAAAAUGAAAAUCUCUAGCGCUUUUACUGGGAUUUUCCGAAUGGAAAACCAAAUAUUGCAGAUGCACCCAAUUGAAGACAACGUUCCAUCAAAUAUGCCCUUGUUCCAGGGCUAAUAAUGAAAAGUUGAUUUUGUUGUAUCUGCCCAAUUUUGACCCGGAAGUCUACUUUAGUUGUGUAACAUUUCAAGGGUAGUAUUUGUAAUUUUGAUUUUAUUUUUUAUUUUUUUAAUUUCUAUUAGCACUAUUUGUUUUGUAACUAAAAGUUGGUAAGAUAUUUUUCUCUUUUUGUCUUGUAGCUAAAGUGGUUAUAACAUUUAUCUUAUAGCUAAAAUGGUUGCUCUGAGCCUA